GUCACAUUAAACGUACACACGUACAAACAACUCCACAAUUUUGUUUUUAAUAGUUUUCUAGCGUUAAGUGAAUUAUUAACCCUUUGUUUACCCCAAGUUAUGACGGAGCUCAAGGACGAGGUGCAGGUUUUUCAAAAGGGCGAGAUAGUCCUCUGCUACGAACCGGAUAAAUCGAAGGCCCGAGUGCUCUACACGAGCAAGGUUUUGAACGUCUCCGAGCGCCGCGACGAACAUGGUCUAAGGUACUACGACUACAAGAUCCAUUUCCAGGGCUGGCGACCCUCCUACGAUCGGGCAGUACGUGCUGCGGUUCUGCUGAAAGACACGGAAGAGAAUCGCCAGCUGCAGCUCGAGUUGGCGGAGGCGGCGCAGCUGCAGAUAAGGGGCGAUUACUCGUACAAGGGCACACCCGACAAGCCGCCGCCGAAGAAGAAACGUACCGGCAGGGCCGCCUACGUCGAGGAUCCUGCUGUAGACCCUCUGGACACAGCGCCCUUGGCAUCAACAGCUGAGCAGGAAAUGCCGCCGACACACCGAACCCCAGCCGCUGGCAACCGGGCGCGCGACAACAGUGGCGGCAGGAAGGAGAAGGCCGCACAUGGAGAUGGCAGGACAAAGACGUCUCGCGGACGGCAGGCGGAAAAUGCCGAGGACGUGCAUAUCCUGGAGCCUGACUUGGAGCGGUUCGUCUGCCAGGAGGAUCGGGUGAUGUUGCGUAUCAGCGAGCGGCUGCGUGAGUAUAUGGAGUACGACUACAACAUGGUGGUGAAGUUGGGCAAGCAGCACAUUAUGCCCGCCCGAAUGCCCAUCGUGUCCAUACUGGAGUUUGUGAAGCAGCGAGCCGUGGAGCUGGCCAUUGGCAUCAAGCAGGAUAGCUCCAGGGCCAGGAACACCAAGAGCGGCAAUGCCCGCAUGUACCGGGAAUAUGAUCGCGUCAUGUCCAUUGUCUGCAUGCUGAAGGAAGUGGUGGACGAUCGGAUCUACUUUGAGUUUCACGUUGAUGAUCACCUUCUGUAUAAGGAGGAGAAGGAGUACGCUCACAACUAUCUCACCGACGACAACAUGCGGAACUGCAGUAUCUUGCUGAACAAGUCCUACGACUACAUCAAUCCCAGCUGCGACACCGAACUGAUCUCAAUGGACGGCACGCCCGUGAUUUCAAGCAACGGCCAGGAAGAUGGCGGUAUCCUUGGCGGGAAGGAGUACGAGGACCAGCUGCAGAAGUGUCUGUUGUAUAUCGUGAAGAGCACUGGUAAGAACACGGCACAGGCCUACGAUCGUACGUCGCCUUUUACGGCCGCCUACAAGCUGCCGCGUGAAAUGCGUGGCUUCCUCUGCGAAACCUUCAACUGGCGGCUGUUAUCGGCGGAGUCGCCGCCAGAAAGUCCAUGGUAUUUGGCCCCCCAUUUGGCCAGGAUGAUGAUCAAGUUGCCCGAGUUCCUGAAUGCCUCGCCCAUGUCCAACAAGAAGCUAGAGGUUCUGCUGCCACACCUGGACUCGUUCAUCAACUACUUGGAGAACCACAAACAGUGGUUCGACAAGGAGAACUACAUGCAUCCCACCGUGCACCAGGAGCAACUACAGCGGGAGUUGCUUGAGUCCCUGGAACGUCCCAUACAGAUGUCCGCCGCUUAGCUUUAGUUAAUCGUACGCUAGUUUAUUUAUUAUUAUUCAUUUUAAAGCUUAUGUUCGUU